ACUCUGCAAAACUUACAACGUGAGCAGACAACAACAAAGUUGCAUGUUUAUUUGGAAUAUUCACAAACAAACAUACAAUUUAUCAGCUUAGUGGAAUAAUCUUUGCAAGUAAUUCUUAAUUUGCGCGAAAUCCGUGUAAACAAGUGAAGCAACAUGAGUAUGAGCGACGACGACCGCGACAUAGACAUCGAAAGUGACGAGGAUGGGGACUCGGACACUGGCUUGGGAUCCUCGCGACACACGAACACCGCCAAUUUCACCCAGGCCGAAAAGCGGGCGCACCACAACGCUUUGGAGCGGAGGCGGCGAGAUCACAUCAAGGAGAGCUUUACCAACCUGCGAGAGGCGGUGCCCACACUCAAGGGCGAAAAGGCGAGUCGAGCUCAAAUCCUGAAAAAGACCACCGAAUGCAUACAGACGAUGAGGCGGAAGAUCAGUGAAAACCAGAAAGACAUCGAAGAGAUCAGGAAACAAAACAACAUACUAGCUAAGCAGAUUCGAGCACUGGAGAGUCAAAAUGGGGAUCAGUUCACCGAAUAUCUAAGCGAUGAGGAAGUGGGCAGCGAAGAGGCCGAUGACGAUGACCUCGACCAGGACUUCAGCAGAAGCAAUAAAAAGAUGAAGACCUUCCACGCAUAGCCGCUGGUCCAGCCCGAAGUGCUGCUUACAGGCGUGUUUCGGUUUUCAUUUUCACCGACAUUCUGAAUUCUUACAUACGUGGAUUAAGUUCAACUUUGAGUUGUGUUAUACGAAAGCAAUAGCCCUCGAAAAUUUGUGAAGGAAACGGUUCCAAAUUCGAAUUAAAGCCACUUCAAUCACACUAUGUGGAAAUGAGAACAGUAACAAGUCCAAUAAUCAUAAUCAUCAUUAGCUGUAAACCCAAAAUGUAACCCACCCAAUCGACCUUAAUUUGUAUGCGUGCGUCUUUUGUACUUUCAACAAAUUGUCACUCUCUGCGCAAAGAAUAAAGUAGUAAGUACAUAUUUUAG